CAACAACAUAUACUAACUUAAUAUUGUUGAUUGAGGGUAAGGCUAAGUGUAUAGGAUAUAUGCUAUUGAGUAAGUUAUGAUUGAAGUGACAAUAAUUUUACUAAAUUUGAUAGCUAAUCUUUAAUGGUUCAAUUUUUAGGAUAAUUCGAACAAUUUUACAAAUAACUCGUUUGGCAACAGUUUACUGAAGUUAUUUGAGCAAUGAGUUAUUUUGAAAUAACUCAUUUUAUCACUAUGCUUUUGCCAAUUACCACACGCCAAAUACCAGAUUUGCAUGGUUAUACUAAACGAGAUACUUUAAUUCAAUUACUACUAAAUUAAUACUAAAAUAUCAAAUAAACAAUUAACGGUGUCUUUUGGUUGCAAAUAUUGAUAUCACCAUUACUAUUAGCUAUAAUACUUUACCAAUUAUGAUUAAUUACAUAACAAGUUUGCAAGUCAUACAAAUUGAUUUAAAAUUUUGACUAGUUUUUUUCAAUAAAAUAAAGUAUAUAUACGAGGUAGAAAUAAAUUGGUUAAAAAGUUGAGAAAAUAUUUUAAAUUAGUGUAAUAAAAUAUGUAAGUUGGUAAUGAGUAAUGAGUUAAGUUACUUGAUGCGCUGGCCCGAACAACCCGACCCGCCCGACCCAAAACCCGAUGAACCCGCAACCCGAUUUGCCCGCAAACCGAUUGAACCCGAACCCGAUGAACCCGCAACCCGACUAACCCGCAACCCGUUUGAACCCGAAGCCGAUUGAACCCAGCCCGAACCCGCCCGAUUGACACCUAUAGUCUCACCAGAGGCUUGGAUUGUAUCCGAGCACUGCCCUGCUCCGACCGUCUCACCUGCGCAACAUUUCCACCAACCACUGCCCUGCUCUGGCCGUCUCACCUCCAGAGUCCGCAACAUCUCCCACCAGUCGUUUCACCUCCUGCUCGAGGUAAGUUAAUUUCUUGUUGAUUGUAAUUUUAAUAUUUGGUUUGCAUUAUUUUGAUUUCAAUGUUUAUUUGCAUUUGCUUGGUAGAGAAUAGAUAAAAUCUGAAUAUUGAUUUGGUUUUCUUUUGUAGAUGAGUACUCCAAAUCCAGAUAGUGCUACCCAAUUAACAACACCGAGCUCUACUGCUUCAACCAAGCAAGAUGGUCGGGCAAAGAGUGUAAUUUACUAAUUUAGUCAUGGUUUACCAUGAUUAAUAAGUGUCCACUAUUUAUACCGAUUAUUUAUUAGGUACCGGCUUUCUAAUGGUUUUUAAUAGAGCUAUCAAAAUGUAACCCGCCCGAUCAACCCGACCCGCAACCCGCCCGCAACUUGAUUUGACUAAAAGUCAAUGACCCGUAACCCGCCCGACCCGCAACUCGAUCGACCCGCAACCCGACCACCCCGCAACCCGAUCGACCCGUAACCCGAUCGACCCGCAACCCGACCAACCCGACUAACCCGAACCCGUAACCCGACCAACCCGCAGCCCGACUAUAAUAGAAGGAAUUCGAUGAAGAUAAACCAAAAGUUGACAUUUGAAAUUCUAGUUCACUAAAGUCUGAUCAUUACAUCAUCAAUUAUUGACUUAGUAUAAUAAUAUACAUCAUCAACCUAUUAACGCAUAUAAUAUCAUCAAAUAUUUAUAUAGAUACAUCAUCAACCUAAUAGUGCACAUAACAUUAUAAAAUAUUAAUUUAGCAUAUUAUGAUAAUUAUAAGAUUUAAAAUCCUAAUAUCAUGGUCCUGUCAUAAAAAAGACUAAUAAUAGUUCACAAAAGUCUGAUCAUAACAAGAAUACAUGACUCAUAAUAGUUCAUAUUGCACUAUAGGAAAACAGGUUUCUAAACACGGUAUCUUAUUCACGGUAAUUUUUCCCGUAUUAGAAAGUACAUUAAUAACCACGGGAAAAUUUCAUGUAUUUAGUUGUAUGUUUCUAAUCACAGGGAAUUAUUUAUCAGUUUUUUAGUCUUCAUUUCCCGUGAUUAAUACUUAGUCAUGGUAAUUCGUGUGAACUUUUAAGAAUUUCUUUAUCAAUUAUUUCUUUCAAUUUUAUGAGGGAUAAAUUCUUUUUGCUUAAGAUGUAUUUUGGUUCCAAAAUUUUCAUUUUUGGUAGAAUUGGCUCCAAAUUUUCAUUAGCUCCAGCGGCAACGUAACCGCCUCUUUUCCAAAAUUUGGGCCGCCAAGCGCAAAAGGGACUUUGGUUUCAAAUAUUCUUUGGUAUUUGGCUCCAAAAUUUUCAUUUUUGGUAGAAUUGGCUCCAAGUUUUUAUUUGCUCCAGCGGCAAAGUAGCUGCCUCUUUUCAAAAAAUUUGGCCACAAAGCGCAAAAAAGGAAAAACCUUAGCUCUCAAAAAUUUUGGCCGGCAAGCCUCCAAAUUCCAAACACACCCUCGCUCUUUCUGUCUCUCUUUCUCCCUUCCCUGUACCUAUCCUCAACUCAUCAUGAUGAUUUGAUUGAUCUUGAAGAUUUGAGAGUUUAUUGAUAUUUAAGCUAGUUUAGAAAUCUUGUAUCAACAUGAUGAUUUGGAUAAUUCUAGAUGAUUUCAAUUUGGCUGGUGUUUAGACCUGGCAAAUUACAACCCGACCCGUUGACCCGACCCGAAACCGCCCGAAAACUAGAAAUUUUUGUAACCCGAAAUCCGAAUGACCCGAACCCGAUAACCCGUAAGUUUUGGGGUCGGGUUGGUUGGGUUAGCGGGUCGACCCGUUAGACCCGUUCCAUUUCAUAUAUCACUCUUAAAAUAUGAUAAAAUCACUCAUAAAUUGGUGAGAUGUUUAAAAAAAUCACAAGAUUUGAAUGACAUGUUUGGAGUUUAAGGAUAAUCAAAUAACAUGUGUUUCUUGUAGUAGUAUUACUCUUGUGAUUGUUUUUUGAAGAUUUGCGCAAUUUGUAUUUCAUUUCAUUAGCGUGGGAGGAUUUAAGAAUAUGUUAAUUGACAUCUGUUAGGUAAACUAUUGUCAUGCAUAUGUGAAAAUUUGUAUUCUUUAAGAAAAUAUGAAGCAUGUUUGAUAUUGUUUCUGAGAACGCUCGUAACCCGAAAUGACUUGUAACCCGACCCAAAACUGAAUGGGUUGGGUCAAUAUUUGACCAGAAAUCAGCCAACCAAACAUGACCCGACCCAUAACCGAAGUCCACAACCCAAAAUUACCCAACCCGACCCGAUUGCCAGGUGUACUGGUGCUCAUGCUACAAGAAAGAUUAUUUUCAAUUGUGUUGAUAUUUGUUUUAUUGACACUAAUCUUAUAACUUUGAGUUGUGAUUCCUUUUUUUUUUUACAAGUAUUGUGCUAGCUUCAUAUAGUUACGAUUUACGACUUACUAGUAAUCACUAAAAACUAACGCGAUGUUCUAGUCCGUAAAGCCCGCAACCCUAACCGCCCGACCGGCAACCCGAUUAACCCGCACCCAAUUGACCCAUAACCCGAUUGGCUCGCAGCCCGAUUGGCCCGCAACCCAAUUGACCCGUAACCCGAGUAGCCCGCAACCUGAUCAACCCGACCCCGAUAAACACGCAACACGAUCGACCCGCAACCCGACCAACCCGCAACCCGAAUGAACCCAGCCCGAACCCACCCUAACCCGCCCGAUUGACACCUCUAGUUUUUAAACGGUUUAAUGCUGGUUGGACCGCUAAAGACCGAACUGUUCACAUUAUCGGGUCAUACUCCGAUUCGCUUUUGACAACAUUGGUAUUACCAUUAACAAAGGAGAACAUUGACAAGGUAUUGGAUGGGAUUCGGCUUAUUCUAAUGGCCGACGAUGGUAAUGUAGCUCUCCACGAGAUUGACGGUCUUGUCGUUGUUUAAAGAAAUAUUGAUAAACGUUAACCCGUACGGGUUUGGGAUAUGAGAUGAAAAUUUCUCUCCAAAUGAGAUUGGAUACCCGUUUCAAACGGGACGGGUACCCAAUCCCGUCCCGUUGUCCACCCCUAGUGAACUGAAAAGGAAAGGAGAAGAGAAUGGUUUUUUCAUUAAGGGUACAUGUGUCUUUUUAUAUCAAAUUAGGACGACAAUUAGUAAAAAGUAGGUCGGUGAAUAACAAUCUUAUUUCGCUAAUUCAACAAAAUAAAGAGUUUAGAACUUUUAAAACCCGACGAUAAGCGCAUGUGAACUGGCGGGCGACGCGAGGCCAGGAGUAAUGAGGCUAAUAAUUACGAACAUGGGCCAAACAAACUCCUGGGCCGAGAAGAUUAGGUAAACCAACCUCCAGCCAGAUCGGUGCCAAUUACCAUACUACCCCACUCUUGCAACGUCUAUUCUUGGGCGAAAGGUAAUUUGAGGAUCCUUCAUCCUCCUCCUUACAAAAACCCUAAAGACUCAUUCGCCUGCCUCCUCCAACAUCUGCGUGCGAAACCUAGCAGCCUCAGCCGCAGCCGGUAUCCUUUCUCUUCUUCGUUGACUCUCCUCUAAGCUUCGGAAGGUUCGUUCUUUCUUGAAGCUCUGCUUUGCUUCUUUCCACUCAUGUUCCUUUUUAUAUCCCUGUUCAAGCUUCCAACGUCCACCGAUCCAUUUCUUCAUUCUUGUUGUGGCUAUGGUGGAUCCUGAAGCUCUGUGUUGCUGAGGGGUGUUUUUACUUCGACUUGUCUGUUGGUUGGUUGUCUGAUGAUGAAACCUGUAGAGAGAUCGAUCGAUAGGUUUUUGCUGAGUGAUGUUUGAUGAUUGCUUGUAAAACUCCGGAUUUUGUGUUCGCCUUCCAGGAAUCGAUUUUAUAUGGACAUAUUGUUUGUGCUCGGAUUUGAACGAAUCUGAUGGUGGUUGGAUUACGGUCGCUUUCUCUGAGGAGUUGGUUUCUAAUUGUCUUUGGGUGCGAUUUGCACUAUUCUGUUAGUUGUUGGAUUAUGGUCUUAGCUGAUGUUUAUUCCCCAAUUUGAGUUUAGUUUGCGAUAACUAUGAGUUGAGUUACUUAAACUAGAAAACUAGGGCUUGCUAAUUUCAUAUGAUGAAUUUAGUUAUGAUGGUGGCAUCUGUAACUAUGAUCAUCAUGCUUUGCGAUUUGUAAUACACCAAUUGUGUUAGACUGUCUACCGCACUUAAGCUUGUCAUUUAAGUUUGUUUCAUCUGUUGAGCCAAUUGAAUUUGCUGCUUUUGACAUUGGUAGCAUAGAUCCAACACUAUGGUGCCUAUUGAUAGCUGAUGUCCUGCAAAUAUCAUCAUCCUGUGUUAAUAACUCUUCACGCAGUGGUAUCCUCUUUAACUCUACUACCAUUUUGUAACUUGUGCAGCAGGAUGGACUCUCAGACCAAGCACGCUUUGGUUGUGAAGGUGAUGGGCCGUACUGGAUCCAGGGGGCAGGUGACUCAGGUCAGAGUCAAGUUCAUGGACGACCCCAACCGCUUCAUCAUGAGGAAUGUCAAGGGUCCAGUGAGAGAAGGCGACAUCCUCACCUUGCUCGAGUCUGAGAGAGAGGCCAGGAGGCUUCGUUGAGAUCUUACCCUUCUGGUUUGGGACAGGUUUCCCGAUGGGCUUGUUAUUGUGGUGUUUGAAAUACUUAGUAAGUGUGUGUCCAUCAGAACUUGGUGUCAUUGAUGUUUUGGUUCCUUUUGGCAUGCUGAAUCAAAUUUUGUUGUCAUGAAGACUUGGAAAUCUGUGGUGUGAGUUUUAUAAUGUACGGAUGGGAUUUUAAGUGGUAAUCACUCUGAACGUUUGAAUCUCUUUCAUAGCUUUCUCUUGUUGGAUUGCAUUUUUUUCCCGUGCUGAUCCUGCGUCCUGCCACCUAAAAAAUGCGGCUUGCUGCC